AUGCGGCAAACAGCCGGCAACAUCAGCAUCCACAACAACAGUCGCAACAUAAACACAUGCUGCCAGGCUGCGGCUGGAGCCAACACCAACGCCAACCGGUUAAACUUAUUAUUAUUUACAACCCACAAGCAGAAAAGCGAAGUCUGUCAUAAGCUGGCAUUGGUAGCGUUGGCAGCCGCCUCGUGGGGUGAUGCGAGUCAAAGUCAGUACCAUAUUCAAACGGAUGAGGGACCCGAGAGGUACUUCCGCUUUCAGACCGACAAUGGACAAUUCCGCAAGGAGAAACGUCUGCAGGACGGCACAGUCAUUGGCACAGAGGCCUGGAUCGAUGCUGCUGGCUUUUUGCGACAGAAGGAUUACAUAGCCGAUAAGGAGGGAUAUCGUAUUCUCAAAUCAAAGACUAUAUUUGUGGGCCAAGGCAGGGGCAUUGAGGAGGCCAUAAAGUCCACAAAAUCGGCGCCGGCUCAGUCUGGCAUUUUGGUUGAUGGUAAUGUGGGUGGCAAUAGCGUAGCCGGCGGCUAUAGAAAACAUGGAUAUGGCUAUAGCAGCACUACUUCAACGACCACACCCCCACCGCCACUUUAUGAGCCACCAAAUUUGGCCACUGCAAAUCUGGGCUCAGGUGUAGGUAAGCUCAACUAUUUGCCACCCGAACAGGCAGCCAAGAUACAGCCACAAACGCAGCUGGGAUUUGAUCACUAUCCGGACGAGUUGCCCCGAGCACGGGACCAGCUGCUAAGCGGCAAGGUGCACAUUCAGCCGAAUGCGGAGGCCAUUGAUGACAUCAAUGCAAUUAAUGUAUACGAUGAGGAAGCAGAUCAUGGCUUUGCGCCGGGUCGUUUCGCCUCUGUUAUUGGCUCAACGACGCCUCGUCCGCCCGUGCUGCUGUCUGCGCCCGCGUUAUCCAUGCUGCCACCUUUGAGCUCGCAGCGCAGACGUCUCCGACCACGCCCAACGGCUAUCGGCAUAGUGCCCACAACACCUGCGCCCAUUGCGGCUCAGGCUCCCUUUGGUUACUCCACGCCUGCGCCAUUCGCUGCGCCGCCCUCCGUUUCCGAUGCAAGCUAUCACUAUGCGCCCACAGCCACGCCCACCAGCAAUGGAUAUGGUUACUAUGCGCCCAACUUACCGCUGGAUGUGAAUGCUUUGGAUGCUUCUUUGCUGCCACCAUUGCCAGAUCGGGCGUACCGCCGACGUCUGCGUCCGCUGCACAGCAACAAUCUGGAUGCCUCAGACUAUGAUGGUGUAAGUGUGACGCGCAAUGGUUUCCGCUAUGUGUUGCCCAAGCAGUAUCAUGAGGAAGCCCAGGUGGAUGACAAGCGAGCGGGUAGCUUUGGCUACGUAGAUCCCUUCGGCAUACGCCGCGUCGUCUACUACAAUGCAUCGCCAGGGCGUGGCUUUGUGCAUCGCAAUAACAAUCAGUAUGUGGGUGCGAAUGGAGCGCCCUACGAUGAUCCCGGUCCAGCGCAGUUGGUGAACGAGUAAACGUGAUAGGAACGAUUAAACGAUUGCAAAGUGUCCUUGUCGUAGCGCUAGCGGUGCUACAAUUAAUCCAUACCAAUACACAAACUGCCCCACUUCCCUCACAAAGCACCAAAACUAACCGAACAUCCUCAAUUUUAGAAAGAAGUGACUAGCGCCAUGUGAGGGGUGUUCACUCAUUGAAAGCACUAUUUCAUAUGGGAAAUUUUCAACAGCGUUGAGCAGUGAAUACCCUUAAUGGAAAGGCAUGACUUAUUAAUCUGUACAUAACCACGCUUUAAACAUUUUCACAAACACACGACAAAACAAACAAAACGAAUAUCUGUGUUAAUUAAUUUAAUACUUAUAUAUAUAUUUAUAACAUAAUUUAUGAAUAAUCCAUUGUGCAAUUUGCGCCUAGAUUUAGUUAGACUAAAGUUUCAUUAGGAACUUUCACGGUUGUGCAGUGCUCGCAGCUGUUGUAAAGUGAAAAUAGUUUCAUUUAUUAAUCUUGCCAUAUUAACAACACGUAAAUAAACACUUAACAAACACACACUAAAAGCCACC